AUGGGAAAGACAUCCAAUUUAAUUGUCUCAGGUAUUGUAGGUUUUCUCUUCGCUGUAGCCUGGUGGAUCUUCAUUGAUGCUGCUGCAUUCCAUGACCACGCUGGUGAAGGCGCAGGAAACUUCGUAUUUUAUCUUCCAGGUAUUUUAGCAACCGUUGGCUUAUUCCUUCUCAACAACCUUCCAAACCCACUCUUCGAAAGUGGUGACGCCUGGGGUGCUGAAGAAACUCCAGUUUGGCAAAAGAUUCUUAUUGUUAUUUCAAUUAUGUUACAUCUCGCUGGUCUUAUCAUGACAAUUUGGGUCUUCGCUCAUUGGAAUAAGAAGGGCUAUUUAGAUACAAACUAUCCAGGCUUCAAACCAACAAAAGUCAAGCAGUAUCUUGGCAUUGCUUCAAUAGUUCAGACAAUCCUCAUCAUCAUCUCAUCCCUUCUUUGGAGAUUCGCAUGGAUAAGUGAGGAGAACUACUAA